AUGGACGAUAACGAGAGGACCGCGGACUUCGCAGACCAUGAACUGACACCUCGCGCGCGAUCCGGCAGCGGAAGCAGCGGCCACCAACGAAGCCUUUCCGGCUCCCUCCUCUCGAGACUUUCUUUCCUCCGCCUAAAUCAAGCAGCACACGCCGACCGACACCGUCCAGAGAUGGCGCACGACGACGAAGACCGAGACCAACAUGCUCGCAUUCCGCACAGCACAAGCAAAGGGGGAACAACCAGCAGUCGAGCGAUGUCAGCUGCCAUUGCACAGCACCGAACCCGGCGUCGCCGCGGCUCUCUCCGCAAAACCGCAUUACUAGGUACCAGACUCGAGUCCCGCGACAAGAGAGCCACGGUCAAAGCGGCCGAAGCUCUCGAAGCUCUCCGCGCAGAGCCCCGACUCCCCGCUGCAAACCUACAUGACUCUGUCGAAUCCGAAUAUCACCCUCCCUCCGAUAAUGCCUCCGAUGAUGGACCUACGCAACAUCCAACGCGCGAGUCCGAUACAUUCUACGACAACAGCGGCCUCGAACAACAACCGACGUGGUUCCAUGCGACAACCCAGAAAUCCACCCGACCCUCAAUUAACCGCCGCCGUCAGGGCGUCGCACAGCACAACCUCCGCACCCAAGACCCAGCCACCGACGAUGAAGACCUCGUUUCUUUUCCGCGUCUCCGCUCGGGGUCCAAUUCCACAGCUGCCGGCACAGGCUCAUCCUUCUACCCGCUGCAGGCGCAGCCCGAGCCGGCGUAUAUCCCCGUCCACCGACACAAGUCCUCCCCGCUGGUCACACAUCCGGUUGAGAUGAAAAGUAGUCCCGAGGUGGACGUGGAUUACUCAGAGACGGAGUGGUGGGGGUGGAUUAUACUGAUUGUGACGUGGCUGGUGUUUGUUGUGGGGAUUGGGAGCUGCUUUGGGGUCUGGAGUUGGGCUUGGGAUGUUGGGGAGACGCCUUAUGCUCCGCCUGAGCUGGAGGAUGAUCCGACCUUGCCGAUUGUUGGGUAUUAUCCGGCGCUUAUCAUUCUCACGGCUGUUAUGUCUUGGGUUUGGGUUGUUGUUGCUUGGAUUGGGAUGAAGUAUUUCAAGCAUGCGAAUAUAUCCGGGGAGGACAUUUGA